AUGGACGUGAAGAGGAGGCGUCAGAUGGCAGCGCUGACAGAAGGGCCACUUCUGGCAUAUAUCUACGGGGUGACUCCUCCAAAGUUCAAUGAGCAGGAGGAGAAGAAACAAGUCCAUCAUCUUUGGUGCUGCACCAAACUGCCAAAACAGCUACAUGUUCAUCGUUUGCAGUUAUGUCAAUUUACGUCCAACAUAGUGUUUCCUGCAAUGUCCCAGGGGGCUGCCAUGAUUCCAAAAAGUACAACACCAACUGCAGCAAAAGUGACAAGAGUUUCCAAGAUUCCAUCUACAAGCAACUUGAAAAGACUUCUUAAAUGCCAGAGUGUGCUCUAUGAGCAAAUAUUACAUCAACAAAAACUGACAAUCGACUGUCUCCUUUAUUACAAUUUAUUUCAUGAAUGA